GUCAGGCUCAGGCUGUCACUCAAUAUUUUUGUAAAUAUUAUUAGCCCCGAACAGAACUUUGUUUUAAAUUCGUAAACAUAAUUAACUGAAUAAAAUGAAUCGUCCUUUUAGACCAAGAAUGAGAGGUGGCAAAAGGGGUAAAAAAAGAAGAAAAAGUUUUAUGACAAACUCUAGCUAUGAGCCUACAGAUAUUCCAUUCUGGGCAGAUAUAGGUGCAAUAGGUACACCAAGAAUGCAGACACCAAUUAAAAAUAAGCCUACUCCUGUUAGUGCUAGUUCUGCUUCAACUUCUACUAAAAACACUGAAAAACAGGAACCCUUAGUAGAACUCACUGAUGAUAACUCCCCAUCCAUUCUUUUAACAGAAGAAAAUUCAAAUCAACAAGGAACAAUGCAAGAAAGCAGGAAAGCUAUGCUUAACAUACAAGUGAAAACACAAGAAAAAAUCAAGCUGAAUCAAAAGCCAAAAGAAGCCACUGAAAAAAGUAUUGAAGAAGGAAUAAAGAAGGAAGACCAAGAAAAAUCAGUUACAAACAAGGAAUCAAGCAAACCAGAUGCUGCCCCUGAGAAAAAUACAACUCCAGCUCCUAAAGUAAUUCCCACUCAAGGCAAUAUUAAAACAAUACCAACUUUAAACACCCAAGCGAGUGCUACAAGAUCAUCAUCACAAGCGCCUAAGCGACCGCAGAAUAAUUACCAAAAUGUAUACCAGAUUCAAGGUACCAUUCAAAAUGACCCGAAUGUCCAGCAAUCAAGCGCUAUGAGAGAACCACAAGGCUCAAUGAUACCCCAACAUCAAUACCAAAACAUUUACCAAUUUCAAGAUGCUGUUCAAAAUGAUCCGAACGCUCAAAUGGGAAACACUCCACCACCAAAAGGUGUACCUUUGACAUUUUUGAAGAGACAACAAAAAUUUGGAGCUAUUGAACCACAACAGGAUUACGAUGCGCCAAUGGCUCAACCUUCAUUUUACGCCAUGCCAGAUCAGUCAACAUUUGCACAGCAGGCUAUAACGAAUAAUUUUGAAAACCCUCAAUUUAGCACCAAUACGCCAAUAUUCGUUCAAACUGAAAUGCAGGAGACGACUCGUUCCCAAGUUUAUUCACCGUCAGAUCUAUUUACGGAAGGAGGGCGGGAUGAAUCUGACAAAAUUGAAGAUGAUAUUCGCGAAGGUUCGUCAUCCCCAGAUAUUUGUCAGCAAGGAGAGAAGCGUCUCAGCGCCUUCAAACGUCUCGGUCCGCUUACUCAGCCGAAGAAACCAAAGUUGACAAUCAACCUGAGUUUCGAUAAAGAACAACCCGUCAGGGAAGUUGUUGGCGAUAAUGAAAACGACGUCAUUCCUGAAAUCUUCGUCCCAGUUCACAAACGCCAAGACAUGCUCACCAGUACCGAUGAAGUUGUGGUGAAAUAUUUGCCUCAUUGGCCAUGGAAAAACAAUGUAAUUAUUAGAAGAGGCGUCACAGCGAGGUCUUCUAAGAGCGCAAUGUUAAUGGAGCAAGAACAAAUGGAAGAGGUGUAUAAUAAAUCUUAUUUAUAUGUACAAGUGUCGGUGAAAGGCUAUCCAGACACAUGGAGAAAAGAAGACGUACUAGACGCUUUGCUUGAAGCGGUUAAAGGCAAGAGUUUUAUACCUUGCUUUAUUGAGUUCACACCACACGAAUGCAAAUUCCUAGUGAUCAGAUGUCGACCAGCGCUCAUCGCUAUACACAAGCUAGGUUUCUGCGUACGCAAAGAUGACGUCGUUUUGACCAUAACCAUAUCUACAAUUGAUUUGACGUUGAAACUCAUUGACUUCCAGCCUAAACUGAUACUGCGGAAGCGGUUGGCCAUGGGCUAUGAUAGCGAAAGGAAACUAAGUUUGAAAGAGUUUACACUGCAAUGGGAUGUAAGCCACUUUAUAUACUUCCCGCUGAACCGAUUAAACAACCAAGCGGACAUUGUGGGCCUGCAGAGUUCCGUUGAAUGGAAGUAUUUGACCGAUCUCGACCUGUCUAACAAUAGACUUACUUCCUUGGAUGGCUUUGAUCUGCAGCAUACAACACCGAAGCUACAAAAUUUAGAUCUUUCGAAUAAUUACUUCGAAAAAAUCACACCUAUACUACAAUGCCGGGAGCUUCCCCUAAAAGUACUCAAGUUAGAGGGGAACCCUCUUUGCACCGACUAUACAGACCCGCAGUAUUAUGUUAAAGUUUUGAAAAUGAUAUUUCCAAUGUUGAGAGAAAUCGAUGGCAUGCCACUUGUGUUGAAAGGCGAACUGCCUCUAGUGAACAAGAACUUCUGUCCAGAUUAUGCAAACGAUUUCGUUGAGAAAUUCCUAGGGAUAUACUUCCCUAUUAUAGAUAGUCCGCCGGACGACAGGGCAGUAAUUGAGGACAUGUACGCCGAGGAUGCACUUUUGACUAUCACAUACAGACAGAAAUUAUGUCUUACCUCGAUAUAUCGUCUGUUCCGGAACUUAUUCCUGCACAGUCGAGACAUGUCAAAAAAUAUAAAGGACUUUGUGAGAACGCCGAAAAAUAUAACGAAGCUGUUACAGAAAUGGCCGAGUUUGGAGCACGAUCCGACAACCUUCACCGUUGACGUCAUGUGGCAUACAGAAACUUCAACAAUUCUUCGAAUAAAUGGUAUAGUCAAAAUAACAUCAGACAGCCUAGCAGUGGACGAACAUAUGCUGGCCUUCACUAGAACUAUCCUGCUCCAUACGGAUGAUGGAGUCGAGUACAAGAUACGAAACGAGAUGUUGUAUUGGGACUAUCCCACUGAGGAGUACUCUAAGAACGCUUUCAGAAUCAACGUGGUACCUAAUAAAAGAUUAAAUAUUUCGUUGGAAACGACACCUGAUUCAGCGUUGAAGGAAAAUCUUACUAAAAUUUUUAUGAAAUUGACCGACCUAGAUAAGCAAAGGAGUUCACGGUGUCUAGAGGAGAAAGACUGGAAUCUUAAAAAUGCCCUGGAGUAUUUCAUGGAACUACUGAAACUUAAUCACAUAGACCUAUUGUUUACUACAUCAAGCUCAUGAAAACGCUGUUUGAUUAGUCUAUACUAAUAAAAGAAUAAAAUCUAUUUUGUUUUCUUUUCACACAAAAUAAUAGUUUUAUUAUUUUACUUUAAAUAAGAAUAAUUUAUCCCACAAGUUGUUAAUGGGCAUACCUUGUAAAUUUGGAGUGAUUUUAUGACAAGAUUUAUACUUUAUAAAUAUUAAAAUAAAACGAUUGAUAUCCAAUUUUCAUUUAAUAAUAAAUAUGAACAUUUUGUUAGUAAAUAUUUAUUUCUCCAGAUAUUACAUACAUAAAAAAGCAUUCGUUUAAACAAUCAUUUCCAAGUGUCUAGCAUAUUCUAUAGUUUGCUCUGCAAGUUCUGCCGAGGGUAAGACGCCAGCUGCUGCCGCGCAAGUUUCUUCUGCUGCAUUGAAAUGGUAGCAAUUAUCUGUACCGAGGACCCAAUUGCGCUAAGAAAAGAAAAGACAAUAUUAUAUAUUUUAAAAUUAGAAACAAUAUCGGGCUGUGCCGAAAUAAACUUAAAUAUUAAGAUGUUUUUCAAUCUAUAAUAUACGAACAAAACAGGUAUACGCUUUAAGCUAAUAAAUUCCACGUUGACGUUUUAAUAAAUGAACAAUUAAAUCUA